UGUAAACUGUGGUAAUAAGAGUUUCGUUGUUUCAGAUUUUACCAGCCAUCUACAACUCAACAUAAAUUAAAAAUGAAUAACGAGGAAGUAGAAGAAUUUUUUAUGGAUCCUAUAGUCGCAGCUCAUAUAGAAUCAUUUAUGGAUGCACAUUGUACAAGUAAGCUUCUUAUUCAAUCCCUAAAGCCAAUCCGAUUGAACUUUGUCCACUUAUAGUAUUCACAUAUGAAAAAGAAAUUCAUUCUGAACAUUACGCCAGACAUGAUGAAUAUUUAGCUAUGAUGAGGCGGCUACUAACUGGUUCAUCAGUCAACUAUAAACUGAUUCAGAAUUCAUCAAAUACCUUAAUAAUGGAUGAACAUCACUUUUUGAACCCGAUUUCUUACAUAAUUGCUUCUUGGAAUUUUGAUUUAUUUUAUCAAAUAAUGUCGUUGGUGAAUAUUGACCUACAGAUGGAAGCACUUUGUUACAUUCAACAGAAAAAUAAAAAUGACCAAAGACCCAGUUGUUCAAUUCCUUGUCCAAUGGGUAAUUCUACGGAAAUAAAUGAAAGUGAAAUAAAGAUCAUGCUACUAGAGAAAUCCAAGCAAAAAGACGAAGUAAUAAAGGGUAUGAAACAAACAAUUCAAAAUGAUGUACACAAUAAAAGUCAGGCAGUAAAUACUGGACCCAAGCAUUUCCCUUCUACACCUCAAGAAAGUAACAACACGGAAUCUAUACCUAAAAAUGAAACGCAAACAUUAGAUAAGAAUGAGCUCAAUGAUUAUCAUUUCAAUCAAUGGUAUCCCCAUAAAAUAUCACCACCAACUAGAGAGGAAUUAACCGAAAAACAAGAAUUUCUUCGUAAACAGCGUGAUCUGUUAAUUGAAAUAAGGCGCAAAAAACGUGAACAAUUGUUUCCGGAUCAAUUAAAAUCUUCAACUGAUAACAGUCUCAGAGUCAGUGAAAUGGUUCAUAUUGAUUCGCAUCCAGUUGAUAAAAACUACGAGGAACUCAUGCAGAAACGUCUUAAACUGUAUGAAAAGCUUAAAAUUGAAGUUAUCAAUAAGAAUUACAUUGAUACAAUUGAUAGUACACCGAGCGACUUAUCCUGUCCGUCAAUGCGCAAUGGAAUAUAAACUUUUGUUUAUAUAUGCAUUCACGUUGCGUACACAGAUAUUAUUUAGGUGUAAAUUCGUUUUGGUACGUAUAGUGGGAAGUCCAUUUCAAAUGUGCAGAUAAACACAUGUAUAUAUGAUGCAAAUAUAUAUCAUUUGAUACACAGCCAAAAAUGUAUUUGCCUCCCUUCAGAUAAAUUUAUUUUAAAGCGUGAUACUACUAACUAUUUGCCCGUAGUACGAUUGUAAUAGCAACAAUUGUUAAUCAUGAAUCUACUUCUUGAUCUGGAGCCACCUUUACUCUUUCAUUUUCUCAAUCAUUAUAGUAAUGAAAUAUAUAUUCUCAGGAUACAGUUUAUUUUAAGAUUUUUAGUAUUCACUAAAAAUCUAGUAAUUAUGUUUGCGCUCAAUAUAAAUCCUUUUCCUGAUUCUCCUGUUGACCUCACUUACCAAAAUGAAUUGAUUUUACUGUUAUGAAUGACCGAUUUCAGUGCCGUACAAUUUAAAUGUUUCGGUAUAAUUUUUCUGUUCAUUGUUAUUUCAUAAUACAUAUAACCUACUCUUGCUCAAAAUUUAUACUCCUACCUAUCCUGCAGUCUAUUCAGGUCUAUGAGAAUUCCUG